GAUUUGUUGUUCGCAGGAGAGAGCCUCCAUGGGCACGGUAGGCGGCUAGCCGAAAUUCCAAAAAAAUUUCUGGUGGAGAGAGCGCGCCAUUGAAAUCUUUUCUAACUUCAAGGAGACUUCGAUCACUCGAAGUCGAAGGCACGAAGCACUCCUUUUCGUGCUCGAAACGUCGAGGCUUCUCCUGCCGCUCUCCGUUUCCUCCAUCCCAAUAUCGACGGUUUGAGGUCAGGGUUAGGGUUAGGGCUUCGAGAUCGAGCUUCCAAGGGUUUUUCCGGUUCGUCUUUGUGUGGUCGGGGGAUCUUCAGCUAUGGUGAGGGCGGUGAAGAGGGAGACGGGGGUGAGAGGGAGGGAGGAGACCAGAGGAGGGGAAGCGGGGGAGGGCAGCCGGGGAGAAGGUUCGCAAGGGGUGACGGAGCGGCGGGUUCUUAGGUCACGAUACUUGGCCGUCAGGAAUCUAAUCAGUGAUGAGAGGGAGGAUAUUAGCAAAGUGGAUUCUGACAAGUUCAAUUCGAUCAUCGGUGAAGUGGAGAGUCUGCAUCAUCUAGUUCAAAAGCCUAGAGAACAAGUAGCGGAUGCGGAGGCUCUAUUGGACAUUGCUAACACACUGGUAACAUCGGUUAGGUCUCAAAGCAAUGACGGAGUGACUCCAUCAGAUUUUGUAACUGCAAUGCUAAGGAACUUUGGACAACGAGAUGGACAUGUGAAUGUUGAUAGUGCUUACAACAUGAUUUCUUGGGCAGAAGUUGGCAUUGCUGUAUCUCAUAUUUUAAGAAAGGUCCCUGGAUGCUGCACAAUGAUUGGUCCUAUGAGUACUCAAGUGAAACAACGCAAGGCUGUGGUUCACAGAAAACAGACAAGGCCAACUGAAAACAGUCGUCCUGAGGAGCUUGAUGAGGCUCAACCAGAAGACAAAACUGAUACUGAUAAGAACAUGGCAACCAUGUUCGACAUAUUGAGAAAGAAGAGACAUGUAAGACUUGAGAACCUGGUUUUAAACAGAGUAUCUUUUGCGCAAACCGUGGAGAACAUAUUUGCGCUGUCAUUUCUGGUGAAAGAUGGGAGAGCUGAAAUAUCUGUGAAUGGUGAAGGACAUCAUUUUGUUUCUCCAAGGAAUGCACCUGCUGCUACUGCAGUAGCCUCAGGGGAUGUGUCUUACAACCAUUUUGUAUUCAGAUUUGAUUUUAAAGAUUGGAAGUUAAUGAUGGAUGGUGUUGGGUCCGGGGAAGAGCUGAUGCCUCACAGGAGUGGCCCAAGUAUGUGCAGCACCUCCUUACAAGCAGAGCCACCAGAUGGGGAUUCUCAGUCUGCUGCACCUUCAACGCCAAUCAGAAAGUUGACCCGAAAUAGGGGCUUGAUAAUACAAGAUGAAACAGUUGUUGAGGAUACACCAGAAAAAGAUCCUUCAGGUGAACCUAUACCCAGGCGCAAGGGUAGGCGACUCUGUGCUGGCCCUUGACAAUAUUCCUCCGUGUCUCUGCUGUUCCGUUUCAUUAGCUACUCUAUUCUAACUUAUGUACACUGGUUUUCAUUUGUACAUAUAUUAGUCAGUCGGGUCUCCAGAAUGGUUAAUGUGUAUCCUAUUAGUCAUUACCAUAGACUUUUUUGUCAUUAUCAUAUUGUUUCUUUUUUCUUUUGCUACAUUAUUACAUGUUUCUUCUGUUGAAACAGUGGAAUCCUGUCAAAUUCAUUUUCUAAAA